UUGACUCGUUCACGCUGACUGACGCCGAGAUGAGUGCUCUGGAGGCCCUGGACUUGGGAGGCGACGCGCGGCUCAAGGAUUUCGUUGACUAUAAAGGGUGCCAGAACCAUCCGGAGUUUCCGUUCUUUUACGACGCCAGACGCCCAGACGUGAACCGCGGCAAGUGGAAGCGGUCCCGGAACCCCUAUGGCACCCCGCCGCGCUAUGACUACCUCGACCCGAACACUGCCUUCCCCGUCAACGAGUACGAUAACCAGAAGACGCACAAGAGGGCACAAGAGCUCCCUGUUAUAACUGCUACAAGAGUAUAUCCGAAAACUUCCGCGCAGGAGACUGCGAGUUCACCAUGCUGCGAUUCACACGCGAACCACAACGAUGUUAUGGAAUCUGAACAGAUUACUCAUGUCGGCGAUGUUCAAAAGGAAAUGGAUUUUGAACAAAAUAUUGCCAAUACCGCAGCACAUGCUAAAGAUAACCAAGUUGAGUUUAACUCUGAACAAAAUGCUGAAACCAGCAUAAGGUUUUCUAUUGAAGAUACACCUCCAAACGCCUUAAAGGAACCUAAAUACAAAGUUUGUAAUGUGAAAGAUGCUCAAACCCAAACACAAUCGCAAAUUUUCGCAACGAGUCACAUUACUUUAACUCUAACGACAAAGAAUGUAUUCCUUAAUGACCCUCCAACACAGUAUCGCGUAGAAUUCGAUGUUCCUUUCCAGCAAGGUGAAAAUACAAAACAGACAGACAUGCAGGAAGAGAAACCGUCCUGUUUUCCGGUCACAAAACGAGUAAAAAUAAGAGCCCAGAGCCACCAGUCACCUAAAAAGGCUCCAACUCCUUCAAUUCCCUCUUCGGCACAAGUACUCACUUCUGCUGAGGUUGUGCCAAACCAGUCUGGGCAGGAAGCACGGCAGAGGAAGCGUCAGAGAGCGGAAACACCUUGCAACCAAUCUGCUGAAAAGUGAGGAUGUGAGUGCCACGCGUGUGAUGGUGUGAUGCGGAGCGGCCAUUGUUAGCGAGCAAGAAACUGAAGUAGGGGAAUAGUCUGUAAGAAGCUGGGCAAAGGAUUUAGGAGAGCUACCAUUCCAUAUAUAAAAUUUAAACCUCAAAAGUGAUAAUGAAAAAAAAUAUAUAUAAAAUGCAUGAUGCAAGAAAUAAAAUGCAUAACAUAUAGAUCAAUACAAGAAGCAGUUGGAAAGGAAUGUUAGAGAAUCAUUCCCAACACGCAAGUAAUUUACUAGUGCAAAAUAUUACUUUACUUCUUAAAUAGAUAAGGAAGAGCAUUACCAAAAACUACCGACUUAUGACAAAGGAAAUUCAUUUACAAUAAAAUGGACAAUGAAAAGCCGUGACAAAUAAUAAAAAUAAAAUGAUGCAAGUAAGAAAAUGGAGCAUAACAAAGUACUAGUCUAGACAUUUGAAAAAAAAAGCAUUUUCUAAGUAAAUAACUAUAAAGUUUAAGUUUACUAAUAUCUACUGUGAAAGGCAUCUGACGUAAUCUCGUAUGACGUACUAAAACGUUUACGUUUUUGUUUAUCUUGUAGACUUGGCGAUUUUUGUUGACACAUUUGGUGACAUGAAAGGGUAUUCGAUUUUUUUUAUAAUAUUUCCAAUAUGUUGCCUUAUUAUCCUCUCAUUUUUACAUUUUAGGUAUUGUAAGAGUUGGCCUCACAGCUGAAUGUGUUGUUUGGUCACUCCUCGACCUUGGUGAUUAUUUUACAUGAAAUACAUGUCAUGGUAUGUGUAUAGUUAACUUCGUUCCUUGAAGUAUAUCACCAAAAACAUAAGUGUUUCAGUACAUUACAGAACAUUUCAAGUGUACCUUCCAAAAACAUAGACCUAGGAGAGGGGGUAGCCGAGUGGUCAGUGUGCGGAUGUAGAGAUCUUGACGACCCAGGAAUCAAGUCCCACCGCAAGCAGCCGAAAAAUUUCAAUCAUCGCCGAGUGAAUUACCCUCAGGUCAUCAAUCAGCGACUUUGGUCAAGAGGAGCACUGUGGGCCAGCAUGGAUGAAGUCAAGUAUCCACUUUGAAUUAAAUUCACCAGCGCCACUAACAGACUGGGGCCAGUCACCAGGACCCUCAUGAGAGCCAAGCGGCAACAUGAACAGCAGAUGAAAGAAAAUCAUCAAACAUUUUUUCCGGAUGAUUAAGAUGAAGCCAUCCCUUGUAUGAUUACACCAAGUAGGAAGAAUACGGUUGUUCUAGAGCGAGUUGUAGCUUAGCUCUGGUUCGUACCUUGUUUUUCUUUUUUUGGAAGAGAGGAAGACAAGGGAUUACAUAAAGAAAUAUCAUACGUUCAGCGCUCUAGGAGAACUAUCACAAUUAUUACAGUUGGAGCCUAG